AUGGUUGAUGACGGGUUGUCAGUUUGUCCUAAAGUUGAAGAGGGGUUGUCAGAGCGUACGCUGCCAGUUUGUCCUAAAGUUGAUGACGGGUUGCCAGUUUGUUCUAAAGUUGAUGACGGGUUGCCAGUUUGUCCUAAAGUUGAUGACGGGUUGCCAGGUUGUCCUAAAGUUGAUGACGGGUUGCCAGUUUGUUCUAAAGUUGAUGGCGUGAUGCCAGGUUGUCCUAAAGUUGAUGACGGGUUGCUAGGUUGUUCUAAAGUUGAUGACGGGUUGCCAGGUUGUCCUAAAGUUGAUGACGGGUUGCCAGGUUGUCCUGAAGUUGACGACGGGUUGUCAGUUUGUUCUAAAGUUGAUGAUGGGUUGCCAGUUUGUCCUAAAGUUGAUGACGGGUUCAAUGAUUUCCUGCAGCGGUCCCCACACAUCGGCAGCUGGGGUCCAGUCUUGUGGUACCUGGUGCUAUGUGCACUCUUCGUCUGGGUGCUCGUCUAUCUUAUCAUCCUGCGGGGCUCUGCAGGGUUCAUCAAGGUCAUCUCAGCUCUGGCCCCGGCUACAGCUGUCUGCAUCCUGAUUGUACUCAUCUACGGCUACUCGGCCGUGCCCGGCUCUAGCGGGUCCCUGUACACGUUCCUCACCCACGCCAGUGACGUCAUGCACCGGAAGAAAGGCUUUGACAGCUCACAAGAUGGCACCAUGGGUCACUUCUUGAGUCGGCCGGCGAUCUGGAUAGAUGCCCUUGACCUCCACACCUAUGGUCUGGGACUGUGGGCAGGUACCCUGCCAUUUCUGGGGACACACCUGGCGUUCAAGAAAAAAGUUAUCAAAGUCACCACUAUAAUGUUGCUGGCACUAUACAGCCUGGUGCCACAUCUCCUGUUGGUCAUGCUGGUGCCGUUCAUUGACCCGACCUACCCCGGGGGGACUCUGCAAGUGGAAGUGGGGAUCAAGCCAGGUUUGUCCUACCUGUUUGUAUCCAUCCCCCACAAGUUCCACAAGUACGGCUUGUCGCCAUUUAUCCUCUUUCUAAUCUACGCCACAUUUAUUUUAGUCAACAUACAACAUUUGUGUUUCCAUGUCCUGAUGAUCUGGGAAAAUGUCUGGCCAAGUAUUCCAAAAGUAGCCAUGGCUUUUUUCAAGAGGACGCCAUUUCUGCUUGCGGCAUUUUGUUUUAUUUCAUUCCUGCUUACAGCUCCCUACCUAUCUCAGGUAACAUACAGCAAUUACAACAUACAACAUUUAGAACAUACAACAUGA